AUGGCAGAGUCUAGUGUGUUACUACCUGUAGCUCAGGAUCAGUUUAGCUGUCCUAUUUGCCUGGAUCUACUGAAGGAUCCGGUGACUAUUCCCUGUGGACACAGUUUUUGUAUGGAGUGUAUCACGGGCUGCUGGGAUCAAGAGGAUCCAAAGGGAGUCUACAGCUGCCCUCAGUGCAGACAGACCUUCACUCCAAGACCAGUGCUGGGCAGAAACACAAUGUUGGCUGACGUGGUGGAGAAGCUGAAACUUGUGGGACUCCAGUCUAUUCCUGUCGCUGCCCACUGCUAUGCUGGACCUGGAGAUGUGGAGUGUGACGUGUGCACUGGGAGAAAACGUAAGGCUGUGAAGUCCUGUCUGAUGUGUCUGUCCUCUUACUGUGAGAUACACUUCAGGUCUCACAAUGAUCUCAAUCCAGGCAAGAAACAUAAAGUGAUUGAUACUGAUGGUAAACUUGAGGAUCUGAUAUGCUCUCAGCACGAUAAACUGCUAGAGGUCUUCUGUCGUACUGAUCAGACAUGCAUAUGUAUGCUGUGUGCCAUGGAUGAACACAAAGGGCAUGACACUGUGUCAAUCGCAGCAGAGAGAACUGAGAAACAGAAAGAGUCAGGGAAGACUCAGACAAAAAUCCAGGAGACCAUCAAAGAGAAAGAGAAUCACCUGCAAGAGUUACAACAGGCUGUGAAAGCUCUUCAGUGUUCUGCUGAUGCAGCGGUGGAGAACAGUGAGAGGAUCUUCACUGAGAUGAUCCGCUCCAUCAAGAAAAGACGUUCUGAGGUGACAAAGCUGAUCAGAGAUCAGGAGCAGGCCGAUGUGAGUCGUGCUGAAGAACGCAUGGAGACACUGGAGCAGGAGAUCUCUGAGCUGAAGAGGAGGGUUGCUGAACUGGAGCAGGUUUCACACAGUGAAAAUAACAUCCGUUUUCUCAAAAAAUUUCAGUUUUUGUCUACACCUAGUACAUCUGACAAGUCAUUUUCAGACACAGUGCAUGCAGGCCAGCUUUUUGAGAGAUUGACUGACCGCCUCACUAUUUUAAAGGAGAAACUGCAGGAUAUGCUUAAACAGAAACUCCAGGACAUGCCUAAAACUGCUGAACAAAUUAGCAUUUUCAUGCCUCCAGAGCCUGUGUCUAGAGAAGAUUUCUUAAAAUACAGCUGUCAGCUGACUUUGGACCCCAACACAGCCUUUAAUUCCCUGCGUCUGUCUGAGGAAAACCACGUUGUAAAAAACUGUGGGGUGAGUCAGCAAUAUCCUGAUCAUCCAGACAGAUUUGAUGGUAUAGAGCAGGUGUUGUGUAGGGAGGCUAUAUCUACCAGGUGCUACUGGGAGGUUGAGCAGUCUGGAAAUGUGUAUGUAGCUGUUUCAUACAAGGGGAUUAAAAGGAGAGGACGCAGGGAUGAUGUUAUUCUUGGACACAAUUCAAUCUCCUGGUCAUUGCAUGGUGAACUUACUAGAAGUGUAUUUUUUAAUAACAUAUUGCAAUUGCACUUUUUUAAGUUACACUUUGUACUAAGUACUGUCAAAAUGUGGGUUUUUCACCUGGGGGUGUAUGUGGAUCACAAGGUAGGAACUCUGUGCUUUUACAGUGUCUCUGAUACAAUGACUCUUUUGCACAAAGUUGAGACCACAUUCACUGAGCCGCUAUGUCCUGGCUUUUGGCUUAGUACAGGCAGUAAAGUCAAAUUGUGCCACCAGUGAGAACUGGGACAGAAUUACAUAUGGUAUAUGUCCAUACA